AAAUAUUUACCGAGUUCAGUUAACUAAACAUAUUGUAUUUUUUACCGGAAAAUCAUUCGAAAACCACUGAAAAUUAUGUCAAUAGAAGAUGAUAAUCGAAUAGGAAACGACAUUAAUAAUGUUGAAAAUAUUCCUGAUGAAGAUAUUGAAACAAAUUACUAUGAAAUCAUUGACAGCUUUGAUAAUAUGAAUUUAAAAGAAUCACUUUGCCGUGGUAUAUAUAAUUAUGGUUUUGAAAAACCAUCCUCUAUUCAACAACGUGGCAUAAAACCUAUAAUAGAGGGCUAUGAUGUCAUUGCACAAGCACAUUCAGGUACAGGUAAAACUGCAACCUUUGCCAUAGGAAUAUUACAAAAGGUAGAUACAAACGUUAGAACCUGCCAAGCUCUUGUAGUAGUUCCAACAAGGGAAUUAGCUCAUCAAAUACAUAAAGUUUUUAUGGCAAUUGGAGAUUAUUUAAAUGUACAAUGUCAUGUUUGUAUUGGUGGCACAAAUGUUGGAGCUGAUAUGGCAAGAUUAGAAGAAGCCCAAAUUGUGGUUGGAACUCCAGGAAGAGUUUUAGAUAUGUUGAAGCGGAAUGCACUAAAACCUUCUGGAAUCAAUAUGUUUGUAUUAGAUGAAUCUGAUGAAAUGCUCUCAAGGGGGUUUAAGGAUAUGAUUAGAGACAUGAUUGAAUGUCUUAGACCGGAUACUCAGAUCAUCUUAUUAUCUGCUACUAUGCCCAUAGAAGUUUUACAAGUAACCCGACAAUUCAUGAAAAAGAACGCCAUCAAAAUUUUAUUGAAGAAGGAAGAACUAACUCUCGAGGGGAUCAAACAAUUUUACAUUGGAGUUGAAGAGGGGUGGAAAUUGGAAACACUUCUCGAUUUAUACAAAACCAUAAACGUAUCCAAAGCUGUCAUAUUUUGUAACACUAAAAACAAAGUUGACUAUCUUUUGUCGAACCUCUUACAGAAAGAUUUUGUUGUAUCCGCCAUGCACUCAAACAUGGAUCAAAAAGGGCGGGACAAAAUUAUGCGAGAAUUUCGAACUGGAUCAAGUCGUAUUUUACUAUGUACAGAUUUGAUAUCGCGAGGAAUAGACGUUCAACAGGUCUCGCUCGUCAUUAAUUACGACCUGCCAGCUAACAAGGAGAUUUAUAUUCACAGGAUAGGGAGAAGUGGCAGAUUUGGCAGAAAAGGAGUGGCUAUUAAUCUUGUUAGCUCCUAUGAUAUGCCACACAUGCUAGAGAUCGAGACUUAUUACCACACGAAAAUUGUCGAAUUACCCAAUAAUAUUAGUGAUAUUCUUUAAUUACUUUAUCUUUAAGUUACGCAAGAGAAACAAGGUGGCUUCUAAAUAAAUUAUUUAUCCUACACACUUAUUUUAAUAAAUACCUUUUGCAUCCACUAAAAAACAUAUUUUAAACUCUCCAGCCCUAACCAUCUAAUUAUAUAUACUCGAAGAUCUAGACAAUAUAACUAUAAUAAUAAUAGCAUUACUUCUUGCUUGUACAUAAAAUAUGAAGAGCCCUUAAACAUUUUAAAUAAUUUUUUACUAUAAUUGAACUUUUUUUAAAAACUUAUUUACUUUAAUAUUUAUAAAUGUCCAGAUUUUGUAAAUUUUUGAUUUCAAUGAACAAUCAUCAUCGAGCUUGUAAAAUUAUUCUAAUGUUAUUUUAUUUUUAACGUGAUAUUUAUUUCGUAUAUGUAAUAGAUCAUCUAUCUGACUCUUGAUUAC